ACAAACUCUUUUUAAAGCGGAAACCAGCAGCACUUCCUGUUUUCUUGUGUUCUUUUUCAACCAGGAAGAUGGACUUACUGUCGAAGAAAUUAACGAUUAAAUUAGUGUUUUCGGUUUUCUUAAUCGCUGUCAGCUGUAAUUCAGUGGAAAAGAAGAUUUAUGUGAAUCUCAAUUACACUGCUCCAUGUGUCCGACUGCUCAACGCAACUCAUCAGAUAGGCUGCCAGUCCUCCCUGUCUGGUAACGUGGGCGUGCUCCAUGUGCUUGAGUCAGAGGAAAACCUGGACUGGGUUCUGCAGUCUGGCCCCAAUCCUCCUUACAUGGUUAUCCUGGAGCCUCACCUCUUUAACAGGAGUGUCAUGAUGAAGCUGAAGAGCGGCUCCAGCAGGGUGGCGGGUGUUGCUGUUGUGGCGCCAAACACAAACCCGGCCGAGGGCUUUUCUCCGCACACCACCUGUCCCAACGAGAACACUGGUGUGUAUUCAGAAAGCUACGAUCCAUCAUUUGCUUACUGUAAUGUGACCCUGUGGAACCCGCUGGGAAACGGUCUGUCCUAUGAAGAGUUUGACUUCCCCAUAUUCUCCCUGAAAGACGACAAUGACACUCAGGUCAUACGACAGUGUUACUAUGACCAUAAUCGUGGUGUGAAUGGAAGCGCUCCGGAGUACCCGCUCUGCUCUAUGCAGCUGUACUCGCACAUGUCUGCUGUCACCGACACGGCCACGUGCAUGCGGAGGAACGACCUUAACCUCGGCAUCACUCCUGGCGAAUACGUGUGUGACCCGCUGGGUGACUACAAUAUUUGGAGCUCCACCAGACCGCUUAAUGUGACAGAAAAGGGCCACAAAAUGUGGGAGAGCGUCGUCAUCGCAGCUGCCAGGGUGGAUAGCAGGUCGUUUUUCUUCGACGUGGCACCAGGGGCAGACAGCGGAGUCUCUGGGUUCGUUACCCUGCUGGCAGCCGCCCACGCUCUUCGUAACGUCACCCAGGAGGCCGAACCAAACCGCACCAUCCUCUACACCUUUUUUCAUGGGGAAACCUUCGACUACAUCGGCAGUUCGAGGAUGGUGUACGACAUGGAGAACAACCAGUUUGCUGUGGACCUGGACAACGUGCACUCUGUUCUGGAGAUUGGACAGGUGGGACUCCGGGCCGACUCGCAGCUGUGGCUUCACUCUGAUCCAGUCUCCAGAAGGAACAACAGCAUCAACAGUGAGGUGAAGAAACUCAUUGAAAACUUGCGGUCGGCUUCCGGAGGCCUAAACGUGUCCGUCGCUGAGUCGCCAUUUUCUCAGCCCCUCCCACCCUCAUCCUUCCAGCGUUUCCUGCGAGCGCGGCCAAUCCCUGGUGUUGUAAUCACUGAUCACCAGAAGUCAUUCAACAACAAGUUCUAUCAGAGUAUGUACGACAACUCCGAGUACCUAAACUUGACCUACCCUGCAAACCUGUCAGCAGAGGAGCAGCUUGUGUAUGUUACAGAUCUAGCAAAGGCUCUGGCUGAUGUGGCCACCUUGGUGGCUCGUGCGCUCUUUGUGCAGGCGGGAGGAGCGGACGUGAGCCGCAUCAAUGCCGAACCUCAAAUAGUGACCCAGAUGCUCUACAGUUUCCUCGUCCAGUCAAAUAACUCGUGGUUGCAGCAGAUUGUGACGUUGGACUUUGCCAAGCAGCUCGCACCCAAACCUCUAAAUCUAUAUGUGGGCGUAGCCCAGCAGAGCAGUAAACUAGUGACACACUCCAUCCAGUGCCUGAUGGCCAACCUGACAGGCACCGCCCUCAACAUCACGCAGGACAACUGUCAGAAACAGAGGGAGCACGAGGACGACACAGAGAGCAAACACAUGUACAGAUACCUGUGGGUUCAAGGUGUGGCUCCUCCCAACAGCACGACGAGGCAGGGCGUGUGCGUCCGCUCCACCGCUCGCCUCUCCAAAGCCGUGUCCCCAGCCUUCGAUCUGCUACAGGACUAUAACUCCAAAGACUACUCCACGUGGACGGAGUCCAGGUGGAAGUCCAUCAAAGGCCGGAUAUUCUUGGUGGCCAGUCAUGACCUGGAGAUGCUGACGCUGGGUGUGGGCGUCGGCGUGUUGCUAACGUCUCUGCUGCUGACGUACAUCAUCAGCUCAAAGGCAGACAUACUGUUCAGCUCGGGGAGGGAACCCGCCAACGCCACUUACUGAGGAGUCCACGCGGCCUGAGAGAGAGAGAGGACGCGAACCCACAACCACUACUACUGUCACCUCUACUACUACUUACUACUGCUACUACUGUUACUACUACAACCACCACCCCAACCCCCCAGGGUCUUUAGAACACACCGAACCAGGUACACACACCGUUUAGACAAAGCAGAGGGUUUUUCUUUCUUCGACGAUGGCUCUGUUUAUGGACUCGCUCCGGUGAGGUGAGGAGUGGGCCAGACUGGACUGACCCGGAUGGAUCUGGACUUACUGGGGUCAGAAGACACUGUUGAGGCAUCAGCAGGCCCUCGGAGUGUACGAGAUGUUCAUAUUUCUUUCUUGUCCUCUGUUUAUUUGCUAAAGAAUCUUGUGUUUACUGUGUCGACGGUUUUGGCACGAAACGCGAAGCAUUAUUUUAUGUAUUUUUGUGCGUCUGUAAAUGUGUGAAUAACUGCAAAGUGUUGAAUUGGUGGUAUCAGUACGUGCAAUACUGCAGCUGUCCUCAUGGUUUAAUUACUGUAACUUAUCAAUCAGCUCCAACAUUAAGAAACCACUUCAACCGAAGCUCCAUCAAACUGAUUCUUUUCCCAAAAUGUGCACUAAAAUGUUUUGUCAAACUGUACCGCCGGAAUUCUGAUUUUUUAUUCUGUGUUGACAAAAAGUACAAUCAUAAUGAAACUGAAGUUGCUGUGAUUGUGUGGAGAUAAAUAAUUGGCUGAGCCCUAAAGCCUCUGCUGUGACCCUCAUUGUAUCGAUUAGUCGCCACCCGAACAGGAAAUGUGACAUUGAGACAACGUUUUGACACUGAAAAUGUGCUGGUACUUUGAGUGUGCACUCAUUGAUAUUUUUUCCCCUCCCCUACGCGGGUUUCUUGAAAUAACUACGGAGCCCCCAAAGGGACAUAAAAACACAAAAGAUGAGCCAGAGAUGGGCACUGGAUAAACUUUUGCAAGAUCUCACCACAGUUUUGCCAAAUGACUGAGCAACAGUGCAGCGAACUGACCUGGAAGGGAAUAAAAUUGUGCAAAAAUACUUUGAAAAAUCCAUAGUCAUAAUUUAUUAUUAGAUGUUGAAAUGUAGGCUACUGGUACACGCUAAUGUAGCAGAAAAUUCAUGCAGUCUUAUAAUCGAUAAAUUAACAAAAGAGGAAUGAUUGUAGUUGUCUGUGGCAACUACAUUCACGACAUCUCACAAAAACUGUCACAAGAUCGGGGAGAAACCGCUGCACCAUGUUGCCAAAACUGUUGGGACAUUUUGCAAAAACUAUAUCCAGUGCCUGUCUCUGGUACGUUUGUUUGGUUUUUUUUUUCUUGUCCCUUUAGGGGCUCCGUAGUAAAUAACUUCUGAAACACGAGAGGUUUUAAUUUGAUGUUGUUGGAUGUUAAUUUAAUGGCUGGAAUUGAUGAUUUAAUUGUGAUGCCUUUGUAAAGAAAUAAACAAUGUCUUUUCUA